AGGCUGGCAUGUCCUGUGUUAAAAUGAGGCCCCUCUGGCAUGUGAUGGCAGGAUAGAGGGUGAGAGAAAAGGGGGUGAACUGUGGGCCAGAGGCAAGCUUGGUAAGUCGUCAUAUUCCAGUGGCAUGGGACACUCUAUAAAUCUGAGAAUUCUAAAUUUGAAUCUGGCUUUUCAGUGUAUAUCAAGAUAGGAGAAUAGAACAUAUUUUAUUUAAGAGCUUAAUAGCUUGAUCUAUGAUUUUAAAAUAUUUAGAAAUAGGGCAUAUGGACUUCUAUUCAGACUCUUGCCCUGGCCUGCAAAUUUAGGCCCAAUCAGGCCUGGCUACCUUGCAAGCCUGGUAUGAGGACUAAAUAAAAAAGAGAUGAAAAAUACUCACAACAGUGCUUGGUACACAUGGUGUGUGUGUUUCAUGAGUAAUGAUGACACAAUGAUUCUUCUGAGGGCCACAGGGACCUAGAGAAAAGUUUUCAGCAGGAUAGUGACAGAUACUCACUAUUUUCCCUACAAAUAUUGAUUAAGGGUCUACAAUGUGCCUGGCAUUGUUCUGCCAAUAACAGUCGUGAGAAAAGUAAAGCUCCUAUUUCCAAGGAAUGUAUAUUGGAGCGGAGGGUGGGAAAAUAGACAAAAAUAAAACUAUAUAAUAUGCCAAGUGAUGUCGUUUGGUUUUAGAAAGAUCGCAGCGGCUGGGGAGAGGUAAGAUUGCAAGUAGAGUCAGGAGCUUGUUGGUGGUAAUUCAAAGACGAGAUGACGGUUGUCAGAUGCCAGGUAUGCCAGAAUGACCAGAGAUCAGCGAAAAGAUAAAAAAAAUUAACACAGUAGAAUGACGACACUUGGGAGUAAGAGAGAGAAGAAGGAAUUAGGGGUGAUGGCUGGGAUUCCGACUGGGGCACCAGGGUCCUGGCGAUGCCGGGUCACUGAGAUUCACACCAUAGGAGAAGGAGGGACUGAUUUGGAAAGAAGACGAGGGAUCAGUUUUGGACAUUUGGGGUUUAGAUGCCCACAGAACACCUAGGUGGAGUUGUCCAGUAGGCAGUUUUAUCCAUGGGCCAACCUUUGGCCAGUUGGAAAGUAUCUCAGGGGCAAAAGCCAAAAGCAGCGUGGGGUGGGCAUUCAGUGGGAGGAAGGGAAGUAGAAGCAGAAAGAGAGCACUUUUGCCAGGAAAGGGAAAAGCUGUGUAGGCACUUUGAGAAGGAGGGCAAGUGCAGGAAAGAGGUACUGGAUUGCAGGGAAAUCGGCAUUUUUGUGGCCAGUGGAAAGCAAGCAGCAGAGAGUAGAGAGACUGGAGAUGCAUCAGAGGGGGCAGUUCACUGAGUGAGUUCCUACGAGGAGAGGCGGAAAGAGAUGCUAAUGAAAAUUAUUCACGGUUUCACUAUGGAAAAAACACAUGCAAUCAUUUAUACAUGCAUCCAUUUGUUAAUUCAAUAGUAUGUUAAUUCUAAUCAAGUAGUGCUCUGAUGCUGAGAAGAAGACAGAAAAAAUCCCCACCCUAUAUUAUGUAAGUUCAGUAGCUUAAAACAAAACAAACAAAACUUUGGCCCCUGCCAGGCCAGGGCUAAAGAAGGCAGGGUCUUGGCAGAAGCACGUGCGACUGUGCAUGUGACUGCAAGGCACUGGAGUUCCCCCGGCAGGGACUUUGUCUGGUUCUCAUGUAAAGCAGGAGCCUGGACUAAGGACCUGGAAUUUGAACACCCCACAGAUGUGAGAAGAGAUCUUUAUUGCAACAACAAGUCCUAACUACAAAUGUUUAGCGGGAUCUCUUGCAAGCUUUCUAUACUUGAUGUCCUCAAAGCCUCAAGAAAGACAGAUAACAGGCAGAGACCCUGGCAAAAGAAAACCCUGCUACUCAAUUAAUUCCAUUUGGACAUCACCUAAAUGGACCAAAUCCAUCAAGUCCUGCUUAGCGUUAACAGUCAUUAAUGAGCACUGGUUUUGAAAGAGACAGAGGGAAGCAGAGGAGGUGAAUGUGUGCUUUGCCCUGACGAGGCACACUUGGGGACAGAUUGGCAAAAAUUCCCACCUAACCUGAGACGGACCACAUUACACGUUAGACAGAGUAGGAGUAUUUCAAGUGUCAGACUAGGUUGGAGCAAUGUCAAGUUUAUGCUUGGGGAUUCAUAGAACGUUCAAACAGAAAGGGCCUUGGACGUCACUGAGUGAAACGUAUUUGACAAGAUGAGAACGAUCCAUCACAGGGCCAUUGGUGGAUGGCCAGCUUAGGACUCAGGGGUCCUGAAACCCCACCUAGCAUUUUCUCCAGGAUGCCAUGUCACCAUAUUCUGUAUGGCAUUAGGUUUUCAAAUAAGGGAUUUUUUGCCAUUGAAAAAUGAUUUGCAAGAGGGUGACUACUUUUUAUGAAAAGUUUCCCAUUCGGAAGCUUCCAACAUCAAAUUGCAAAUCUCCAUCUCAGACAGACCAUGGGGUACCAAGCUCAGCACUGAGGAGGACACUUUCUGGUUUACCCUGGAGAUCAUCCAGGCCCCUUGCUUUCCCCUGGACACAAACUUGCACGUAACCUUCGGAUCAUGCCAUUUUUACCCCCUAGCUACUUCACUGCUGAAACAGAAGCCGCUCUGGAAAGGAGUUUCGUGAUGAGAAAAAAGUUCAAAUUAUGAUUUGAGACCUGGGGAUUUUCUGUGGAUAAUUACCCAUGUCCCACUUUACCAGAGAAAAAGUGAAUUUCAAUUAGAAUGUAAAGCAAUUCUCCCUGAAACCGUGGGAUGGAAGAGAUGAGUCCUGGAUAUUAGGAAUAUAUUUAUCUCUCCGAAAAAUCUCACCCCCAGAACGCACAAGACGGUGAUGAAAUACAUUAGGGGUAUAUGAAAUUUUAUUCUAGCACUGAUGGGAGGAAGAAAAAAAAAAGGAAGGAAAGAAAAAUGAAGCAAGGUGAAAAACAGGACAGUUGAGAGACAGAGAAAAGACAGAGAAACUUGUUAAUUACAGGACUUUCUGAGCAAGAUAUUUUUCUUCCUUUCACAAGUUAGAAGCUAUUGAAUAAUUCAUGCAAGCGUGGAAAGGCUGCCUUUUCCCUGGGUGAUGUAUAACUGAGCAGCAGAGAGCUUCGAGUGGGUUCACCACAUCAGCCACCACUCGUGCUUCUGAGCACAGGGUGCUGCUCUCCUCUUGAGCUCAGCUUCUGCUUUUGCAGCCAAGCAUCCUGGUGGCUGGUGCCUGCCUACCUGCCCACCGGCGGGGCUUGCAGCCCGCCGCUUUACUUUCGCCAGCCCUGCUGCCAGCUGAGAAGAAGUCUCCCUGCAGCUGCUGGUUUCUGCUUAGGGCCAUGUGUGUGGAUGCUGCGCUGGAGAAGGAGGCACUUGCUCCUGGCACUGAUCCCAGCUGAGUUUCUCCUGUUGAUUCCGGGACCACAGAUGCUGCUGCUGAGGAGGCGGGUGUCAGGAUGGGCCGCGCAAUGAGAAGCCGACGCUAGCCAGCGAGGUGCGAAGAGUUGGCCAGAAUGACCAACUCUUCCACGUCCACUUCCUCCACCACCGGGGGGUCGCUGCUGCUACUCUGCGAGGAAGAGGAGUCGUGGGCGGGCCGGCGCAUCCCCGUGUCCCUCCUGUACUCGGGCCUGGCCAUCGGGGGCACGCUGGCCAACGGCAUGGUCAUCUAUCUCGUGUCGUCCUUCCGCAAGCUGCAGACUACCAGCAACGCCUUCAUCGUGAACGGCUGCGCCGCGGACCUCAGCGUCUGCGCCCUCUGGAUGCCACAGGAGGCGGUGCUCGGGCUCCUGCCUGCCGGCUCCGCGGAGCCCCCCGGGGACUGGGACGGCGCCGGGGGCAGCUACCGCCUGCUGCGGGGCGGGCUGCUGGGCCUCGGGCUCACCGUGUCCCUUAUGUCCCACUGCCUGGUGGCCCUGAACCGCUACCUGCUCAUCACCCGGGCGCCCGCCACCUACCAGGCGCUGUACCAGCGGCGCCACACGGCGGGCAUGCUGGCGCUGUCCUGGGCGCUCGCCCUGGGCCUCGUGCUGCUGCUCCCGCCCUGGGCCCCGCGGCCCGGAGCCGCGCCCCCGCGCGUCCACUACCCGGCGCUGCUGGCCGCCGCGGCGCUGCUGGCGCAGACGGCGCUGCUGCUGCACUGCUACCUGGGCAUCGUGCGCCGCGUGCGCGUCAGCGUCAAGCGGGUCAGCGUCCUCAACUUCCACCUGCUGCACCAGCUGCCCGGCUGCGCGGCCGCCGCCGCCGCCUUCCCGGGCGCCCCGCACGCGCCGGGCCCAGGUGGGGCGGCGCACCCGGCGCAGGCCCAGCCCCUGCCCCCCGCGCUGCACCCGCGGCGGGCGCAGCGGCGUCUCAGCGGCCUGUCGGUGCUGCUGCUCUGCUGCGUCUUCCUGCUGGCCACGCAGCCGCUGGUGUGGGUGAGCCUGGCCAGCGGCUUCUCGCUGCCGGUGCCCUGGGGCGUGCAGGCGGCCAGCUGGCUCCUGUGCUGCGCCCUGUCCGCGCUCAACCCGCUGCUCUACACGUGGAGGAACGAGGAGUUCCGCCGCUCCGUGCGCUCCGUCCUGCCCGGCGUCGGCGACGCGGCAGCGGCUGCCGCCGCCGCCACCGCUGUGCCCGCGGUGUCCCAGGCGCAGCUGGGCACCCGCGCCGCCGGCCAGCACUGGUGACCCGACCCAGACGCCCGGGAAGCGGAGAUCCCCGGCUUCCAACGUCCUUGGUCAUCACGUCCUCCUGCCCCUGUAAAGCAUCCCCUGCCUGAACGAAGCCUCCCGCGGGCGAAGCUCCCGAACAGAUGUGUGCGACGAUUCCGCCUUCGGCCCCAGUGGGCUCCCCGGACCAGGGUUUCUCCCAGCACAGGGUUCUCGAAGUCAUUUUCGACGGCUACCUGAUUUUUACCCUUUGUUUCCGUGUUUCAGAGAAAUCUUGAAGUCAAAACACUGGAAACGUCAGGAACUUGGAUACUGACGUUUUGAAAGAACCGGCUAAUUUAUUUCAACACUCUUUUUGGAAAACAGCUUUGAUAACGUUGUUUCCAUUCCCACUUCCAUCGUCUUAUAAUAUAUAUGAAGCGCCUUGAGUGAGCAGGAAUCAAAGGAAAUAAUAUUGAUGAAAGAAACAGUAUUUAUGAAGCGUUUUAGAAAGUAACCUAUCUUUGAGGAUGCUUCUGCUAUAAUUGAGCGUUUGUGUAUUAACCUGAAGAACGAAGCCGCAAAUGUGCGCAUCAGUAGGAGUUGCCGUCAAGACCUCAAGCCCUUUAUUCUUAAAAGGGUUUUUAUGAAGUAAAAUUAUUCCUGGAUGAGAUAGAAUCUUAGCCAGUGCAGGAGAAAGAAAACACCCCAGUUUAGUAUCUUAUACUCCUUUUUGCACCUGUAAGACUGACAAUGGUAUUGAAUAAUAACGUGACAAAUUUCCAUUUGCUGAUUGAUGGUCUGAGCCAGCAGUGGGAUUUGGGAAAAAAAAAUAAAUAAGAGGUUAUCUAUUUUAGGGACCAGUUUCAGGUUUUCUACAGCAUGCACACUUGUUGCUACCCUCAUUCUAUCAUCAAUAUACUUGCCUUAUGAAUGUGAUUGCAGCUGUGAACAUCCUCUACCAUAAUGGUUGCUAAGGAGAAUUAAGUCCUUCUGUUUUAACAUUUAAAAUAUCUCAAUGCACAUGACAUAAUUAAACACUAAUAAUACCAUGCCUGCAUAGCUGAUAUUAACCUCUAUUGCAUGCUCCUAGAUUCUAGAACUUAUCGGGCAUGUGGUAUACUAAAGCAAUACCCAUUUGACAAGGACAUUUUGCUUCUUCCAGACACCAGAAGAAGUAGCCAUCAAGAAGUGGCCAUCAAUUAUUUGAAAAGAGACACAGAGACACCUCUGGCUGCCUAGCGUUCUUCUUGUCUUGACCCAAUUUAGGAGAAAACUCCCAAGUGGGACUUUAUCUUACAAAUGGAACUGCAGUCAAGAUGGAUCAAUAAUAUGGUUUGGCUCUGCAAAGCCAUCUGUGUGCUCUUUUAGGCUUUAGACAAGCCACACAUUGGAAAGUGACACUUUUUUUAUGUAGUUCAAAUGUAUUACCAUGACACUUAACAUUAAUAUCGUAUCUGUUAAAAGAAUGUGUAGUAAACUCAAGUUAUAAUAAAAUGAGCAGUUCAAGUGGGAAGCGGUUCUAAAAUGUAUGAUCUGAGGCUUUCCAUUUUUGUCUUCAGUUUACUAAAUUUAUUUAGAAAUAAUUGGAAUGCAAAAUUGUUGAAAAUGACUUUAUACAAUUAAAGUGGGAGUAAAGAAACAAAAUAAUCAUCUAUCAGCAAUUCCGACUGCGCAUUAAAUCUGGGGCUGACCAGCCUCGGUUAACUGUGGAAUUCAGGAAAAAAACCAGCUUGCUUUGUUGCAAGCCAGGCUAGUGGGAACACUUGUGCAUUUGAAUAAUUACGGGAGUUGCAGGAAACUUUGACAUGUUUGUAGAAAAAUAAAACCAAACAACAGUGUUCAUCACUAACGAUAGAUCAGCAGUCAUUUUAUUAAUCUCUUCCCUUUGUGCAUGCACCGUUUCUCUCUUAUUAAGGUUUCAUCUGUUCUCAUUUUUCUCCAUUCAAAUAAUCAAUUAAAGUUCAGACAACUAUUCCUCCGAGUUUUUUCCUUCUGUCUCUGGUCUUCUUGCAUAUCUCCUUGAGAACACUAUAACCUUAACAGUGUACCUAAAAGCACUGGUGAUGAAAGUAAUGUCUUUGCUCUGGCUUUAUUUAUUUAAUAUUACUUUUAGCUUGUAAAACUGUUUUUACCUUUUAUAACUCAAUAGACCCUGUAUACCAGCAUUAAAAGA